CGGCCUGUUAACGCUAAUAUGCAGCUCUCCAGUUUUUGACGAAGUUUCUCCGCGAGACGAAAUUCGUUUGACGUUGAAUUAGGCAAGGUUGUUAUCGUAUUUGUGGUUGCAAUCGCACCGGCUUCGAAGGAAAAAUCUUUCAUUUUUACCGUUACUUACCCCAAGGAUUGAAAAUGACUGGCUUGUAUAAGGUUGUGUGUCUACUUUAUACGUGCUUUGGGCCGUUUUUAUCCUGCACCACGUCAGUGUUAGAACCUUCGCCGACUGUGACCGCCAGGACUGCUAACGUGACAGUCAGUCCUUCUUCGACUUUAGUUUUUGCCCAGUCGUCCGUGAGCCAGACAGAUGACAGCGACAACCUGUUCAAACAAGCUGCAAAAGAACUCGAGGGAACGCUGAGACGUAAUGUUGAAGAGCUUAAUGGAAAAAUCACUAAUAAGAUCGACCCAAGAUCUAAGCCGAGAGAUGUUAAUGUUAUUGACACGCUGACAAAAAUGACCGGGCAAAACCAGGCUUUUUUAACGAGGUUCAACAAUUCGGGCAAUGCCACCGGCUAUUCCUUCAACGCCACUAAAGGCUUGGGUUUUGUAUUGCUGAUUAAGAAGCUCGACUGCCACAAAAACAGAUCGUUAGCUAUUCCUGAUCGCUCUGAUAAGACGACUAGUCGAACGCUGGCAAAGUUCUCGGAUUACGUGUCCUUCAAAUUUGACUGCCCAUGGAUCGUAAUAAAUGCCACUCGGCCGAAGAGUUCCAACUCAAGAAAAAGAAGAGAUGUCCACAUUGAAAUGACCAUGGAAGUCGGCGCUGAAGAAGAGGACGAGACUGAUGACUUCCAGGAAUUCCAAAUGCUGUAUCAUCCCUCACGUGUCAGGAGAGAGGCAAACUGUAGGCCACUCCCGUGUAAUGUGAAACGCUUUGAAACUACUAUGAAAAUAACAAACAGAGUAUUCAACCACAGCUUGAAUGACAAUUCUUCAUCGUCUUAUAAAGAGCUGGCAGACGAAAUAAAAAAUGAUACGCGGGAUCCCAAAGUCAACCCACUUAAAGUACAUGAUGUACAGAUACUGAAAUUUAGUCAAAGCGCUACCGGUGGAUAUGACGUCCGGGCUGAGUUCUAUCUGGAUGUUAUUGGCGUAGAUCUCGCUAAUUCCGUGAUUGCUGCCUUGAAGAAUGCAACAAAUGGCACCACAUUUGGGAGGUUUGAAGUAGAACCCAGCGCUUUCAAUGCUACACAUAGAGAAGUCGUUGAUGGCAAUUUCGGCAAUUGGAGUGGUUGGUCAGAAUGUGACAAUAAAUUUGAACAAAAGCGAACACGGACGUGUGAAGGAGCCCUGUACGGCGGUAAAUGUCAUGGCCAUAACCAAGAAACCAAGAAAUGCGAUUGCAGAUACAAUUUUACAGCCGGUGGGAACAUCACAUCUCCUCUGUUUCAUAAAAAGUAUCCAACCAAUGUGAACUGUACAUGGGUAUUACAGGCACCUGUCAAUCAUACCGUAAAACUGGACAUGAAGGAAUUUCAUUUGGAAGAAGAUAAAAAGUGUUUCUAUGAUUUUAUGAAAUUUUUCGACGGAAGGAAUUUAACUGAUGCCUUUCAAAUAGGAGAGCGGUUGUGCGGAGAGCCCAAAGUCCCAUUCACUAUUAACUCUACGGGGCGAUACCUUACGAUUCAGUUCACGUCUGAUAAAAGUGAAACCUUCAGAGGUUUCAGAGCUGAGUGGGAGACCAAGGAAAUAGAAAUGAGAGUGACAAAGUAUGUGAAGCAGUACGUCACAGCUUUAGUGAUGAUUUACAGCCCGACAGUGAACGACACACAUUAUCCUCUUGGUACGGCCACCACGUGUUCUUCAGAAAGCCAAGCCAAUGACAAGGAAUGCGUCUUUGAAGACAAAGUAUUUAUUAUUUCCCGGCUAAUAACUGCUCAGAUGGACCGCAAUCUUCCACUUGAUGGCGACAACAGAAUCGUUUUAAAUUUUGAGCAUAUUAUGCACGAGAAACUCUUCCCUGCUAUCUACAAUGGAGAAAAGACGUGCGUGUCCUGGAACAAAGAAGCAAAGAACGAGCCUAUGGACAAUUCUGAUCUUACACUUCAAUCAAAGGGUGGCUGGACAAGGCGCGGUUGUUCAGUUGUGAAAACAAACCUCACACACACAUCUUGCGCCUGUAGCAAGCAAGGGCUGUUCGCUGUGGUGGGAAAAGAAAAGGUGGAGUCUCAAAAACUCAAACUUUUGGCGAAUACGUACAUCGGAAUUGGAAUUUCAUUUUUUAUCCUCCUCUUGGCAAUUGUACACAUCGUCUGGAAAGUUGAAAUCCACGGAGGAGAAGUCAUGCGUAUCAACAUGUGCGCCGCCAUCAUCGUCAUGCAAUGUGUAUUUCUGAUUGGUGCACACGUUAAGGCUCAGCAGACACUCUGUGGUUUCCUGGCCUUCGCCGUAUAUUUUUCAGUGUUGGCAGAGUUUUGCUGGCUUCUUCUCCACGGUCUGAGAAUCCAUGGAAAGAUCAAGAAGAUAUUUGCCUCAAAUCUCAACAUCGAAAUCGUUUACGUAGUAAUUGGAUGGGGAUUGCCAAUGCUACUGGCUCUUAUUGCUAUUGGUGUGCAGAUUGAUCUCAAAAACCCUGAUGACGUUUGCUGGGAAGCAGCAGCAGGCAGCGCUAUGUGGGGAUAUGCUGGACCCGUUCUUAUCAUCGCCUUAUUCAAUGUGGCCAUUUUGGUGAAACUUCUUAUUCCAACUGAAGAUGUUCGAAACAACUAUGACUACGAAGAGAUGAGAUUCCGGGUGAUCAAAGACGCUAUCUUGUUGGCUUUCUUCGGUUUGACCUGUACAUUUGCCUACCAAGCUGUCGAAAAGGAGCGAUUCACGGAACAGUAUAUCUUGACAACCUUUGUUGUCUUGCAGGCCAUUGCUAUGUUUGUUUUUGGAAAAGAGGGUCGAAAAGAUUUUGUUAAGCAAGCUGAGAAAGCCAAACCGGAUGCAAGCACUGCCGAGAUCCAGCCGGCCGCAAACGAGGAACCUGAAAAUAUUUACGAGAAUAUUGAGGAUGUAAAACCAGGAACCGACUUGGGAGAGGGUCCAGUGAAGAAACCUCGAAAGAGAAAUGCAGGGAACAAACAGCCGGAGAAAAUCACAGUUUCCACUUUGAAAAACCUCAACAUCUACAAGGAAGGAGGUCAAUACGUAAUCGAGGCCUGAACCAAUCAGAAAUGUAAUCAGGCGCCCGUAAUCGUCCGAAAAUUUACUCACAUCACAGUAGAACUGCUGGCAGUCAAUUAGUUGCAAUGUGGACACUACGCAUUUUUCACUUCGUAGAUAUAUUACCUCAAACUAUUAGAUUCAAGAGUGAGUCAUGAAUGCUAUGAAAACUUACAUUUUUUUGUAGAAAAUAAAACAUUAAAGCGUGUUGAAUAAAUCCACUCACAGAACAA